GUCCCGGGCAGAGAUGCGCAUGCGCGCGGCUGAGAGUGGGGCGACCAGCCCCAGCCGCGGCCGCUUGUGACAGGGGCCGGAGAGGGGUCGCCGCGCGAGGCUUCUGGUUUGAACGCCGACUUUGGGGACGCAUCGGGAGAAGGGAGAGUAGGCUUUCCUUUAUCAGGCCAGAGAUGCCUCUCUUUGGGAAUAUAUUCAGUCCAAAGAAGACACCUCCUCGGAAAUCUGCUUCCCUCUCCAACCUACGUUCCUUGGAUCGUUCAACCCGGGAGGUGGAGCUGGGCCUCGACUAUGGAACCCCCACUAUGAACCUGACGGGGCAAAGCCUGAAGUUUGAAAAUGGCCAUUGGAUAACAGAGACAGGGAUCAGUGCGGGUGUGGACCGGAGGGAGGCUCAGCGCCUCCGCAGGCGGAACCAGCAGUUGGAGGAAGAGAACAAUCUCUUGCGGCUGAAAGUGGACAUCCUCCUGGACAUGCUCUCUGAGACCACUGCUGAAUCCCACUUAAUGGAGAAAGAAUUGGAUGAACUGAAGAGCAUCAGCCGAAGGAGGAAAUGAAGACCCAGAGACAUGUGUCAGGAGACCGACCGGGGAGAAUCCCACUGACCAGGGGAGAGGGUGUGGCUGAGUAGUUUGUUUUUUAGCCAAACCAGUGGGUUUGGUCCUGGAUGAGAGCAUGAGCAGACACUGGCACUCCUGGGCUGGCAGAAGGAAGGUGGUGCAUGGAGGAAGCCAAGAUGCCAGGCCAGGGCAGAUGCUGGGAAGGCCCACCAGGCACACUGCCUAGGGAUGCCACACCACAAGCAGACCUGGGGAGCUCUGAGGGCAGGACAAGCCUUUGGGUGCCCUCCACACGUGAGCGUUCAGCUACCUGAAUCCCAGUCAUUCUGUUGGACAGACACUUUGGGGAGCAGCAGCUGGAUUUCAACAUCUCGUCCCCUUAUACUCACCAGUUCCAAAGAGCCCAAUAUCCAGGGGCCUGGGAUGAGCAGCUCACUUGGUUCUCUGGCCUGCAGGCCACCUGCCUUCAAAGAAUGCUCAUCCCCCAACCCGUGGUCUCCUCUGGCUUCAGCUUCCCAGCAUCAAGUGCUAGUCCUCAUGGCAACACUAUUUUUUGCACUACCUUCCUGUCUACACUACUUCUUUUUAUUAAAUGGUGUUAAAUAAUG